CGGAAGUGCGCCGUGCGUGUCACCGGGUGAUGUGUCUGCGUCCCACGGACAGACUGCAGGAAGUGAGAGUUACCUACAGUGAAGGGAGAUGGCAGAGGUAGAAGUGAAUGGGGGCAAUGCCGCACUUUCUACCUCCACGUCCCAGAGCUCCAACCCCCUGUCCAGGAAACUCAACAAGAUCCUGGAGACCCGGCUGGAUAAUGACAAGGAAAUGUUGGAAGCUCUUAAAUCCCUCUCUAUAUUUUUCACUGAGAACAGUUUGAGGAGUCGGAGAAACCUGAGAGGAGAUAUUGAGCGACGGAGCUUAUCCAUAAAUGAAGAAUUUGUAGCUAUAUUUAAAAAGGUUAAAGAGGAACUAGAAAGUAUAAAUGAGGAUGUACAAGCAAUGAGCAACUGCUGCCAGGACAUGACCAGUCGUUUGAAGGCAUCAAAGGAGCAAACUCAAGAUUUGAUUGUGAAGACGACAAAACUUCAAGCAGAGAAUCAGCGACUGGAGAUACGAGCUCAAGUUGCAAAUGCCUUCCUAGACAAGUUCCAGCUGACAUUUGAGGAAAUGAGCAUUUUACGCGGAAGCCACGAAGGUCCAUUAACUGAAGAGUUCUUCAAGGUUCUGGAUAAAGUAAAACAGAUCCAUAAUGAUGUCAAAGUGCUUCUGCGAACAAACCAACAAACCGCAGGGCUGGAAAUUAUGGAGCAGAUGGCUUUACUCCAAGAGACAUCAUAUGAGCGGCUGUAUCGAUGGGCUCAGAAUGACUGCAGAACAUUGACGCAAGAAUCAUGUGACAUAUCUCCUAUUCUCUCUCAAGCAAUGGAUGCUCUACAAGACCGACCAGUCUUGUACAAAUACACAUUGGAUGAAUUUGGAACAGCAAGGAGGAGUGCCGUGGUGCGUGGAUUUAUUGAUGCACUCACCAGAGGUGGGCCUGGUGGAACCCCCAGACCUAUUGAGAUGCAUUCUCAUGAUCCAUUGAGGUAUGUUGGGGAUAUGUUGGCGUGGCUUCAUCAGGCUACUGCAUCAGAGAAGGAGCACUUGGAAUCUCUUCUGAAGCAAGUCAACAUCCAAGGAGUUGAGGAUAAUAUCCAGGAAGUAGUCGGACAUAUCACUGAGGGUGUCUGCAGACCACUGAAGGUUCGUAUAGAACAAGUUAUCAUUGCAGAGCCAGGUGCAGUGCUGCUGUACAAAAUCUCUAAUCUUUUGAAAUUUUACCACCACACAAUAAGUGGAAUUGUUGGCACAAGCGCCUCUACACUGCUGACUACAAUAGAAGAAAUGCAUUUAUUGAGCAAAAAGAUAUUUCUCAACAGUCUGACCUUACAUGCAAGUAAACUGAUGGACAAGGUGGAGUUGCCUCCAGUAGAUCUAGGUCCAAGUUCUGCCCUGAAUCAAACACUGACCCUACUACGGGAAGUUCUGGUUUCUCACGACUCCUCUGUGGUUCCUCUGGAUGCACGACAAGCCGACUUUGUCCAGGUGCUGUCCUGCAUCCUGGACCCUCUGCUACAGAUGUGCACGGUGUCUGCCAGCAACCUGGGGACAGCUGACAUGGCCACAUACUUGGUCAAUUGCCUUUAUGUAAUGAAGACAACACUUGCUUUGUUUGAAUUUACUGACAAGCGUCUGGAGAUGCUGCAGUUUCAGAUUGAAGCUCACCUGGACACACUGAUCAAUGAGCAGGCCUCAUUUGUAUUGACCAGAGCUGGAUUAAGUCAGAUCUACAACUGUGUUCAACAGCAUAAGCCGGAGCAGGGACCACUGGCCAACCUCCCUAACAUGGACUCUGUGUCAUUGAAGGCUGCAAUGGUACAGUUUGAUCGUUACUUGGCGGCUCCGGAUAAUCUGCAGAUGCCACAGCUGAAUUUCUUCCUCAGCGCCACUGUGAAAGAACAGAUAAUUAAGCAGUCCACAGAGCUGGUAUGCCGCGCUUACGGUGAAAUUUACGAAGCCGUCAUGAAUCCUGCAAAUAGUUACAAAGAGCCAACAAGCAUUCUACAAAGAUCUCCACAACAAGUUCAGAAUCUUUUGUCAUAAAUAUGGUUUACUACUUUUAUUGGUUAUAUGGUUUAUUUUAUGAUAUCAAUAAAUCUUAAUAAUAUCAGUUGAA